GACUUGCGACGGACGGUCGUAGUGAGCGAGCGAGUGAGGCCUAGGGCGAAGGCGGCGGCGGGGUUCGGACAGAGCUAGAGAGAGAAGGACAUCGGUGCAGGACGACCAGACACACCGGCACCAACACACACACACACCCGGCCGGGGCUGCCAGGCGAGCGGGCGGACUGUGGGCGUGAGGCGAACGAAGGCCCCGACUGACCGUGAGGAGAACACGGCCGUUAUUACAUUUUAAACCCAACCCCCCACACAUAACGAUUUGACGGACGACAUCGGGGAGGGGGACCAGGCCAGGACCACCACCACCACCAGCACCACCAGCACCACCACCACCCGGCGGUCGGCAUGAAGUUCCAGUACAAGGAGGAGCAUCUGUUCGAGAAGCGGCGGUCCGAGGGAGAGAAGAUCCGCAAGAAGUAUCCGGACCGCGUCCCGGUGAUUGUCGAGAAGGCUCCGAAGGCCAGGAUAGGGGACUUGGACAAGAAGAAGUAUCUGGUGCCAUCUGACCUGACAGUCGGACAGUUCUACUUCCUGAUCCGCAAGCGCAUCCACCUGCGGGCUGAGGACGCCCUCUUCUUCUUCGUUAACAACGUCAUUCCACCCACUAGCGCCACCAUGGGGCAGCUCUACCAGGAACAUCAUGAAGAAGACUUCUUUCUGUACAUCGCUUACAGUGACGAAAGCGUUUACGGGAUGUAGCUGCCCCGCAUCGCUGCCGGUCACUAUGGAAGCCAAGCGUUUCUCUGGCCUUGCACUUCCUGGUGUGUUCUUUAAGCGCUGACCUUCUGUGCAUCUGUCGUACCCCUCUGGAUAAACGGGAGCGGGUUUGGGGGCGGGUGGGCAGUGUGAAAAUAAGUCUCAUCCACCUGUUUUGAUUUGUCAAGUUUCUCGGCUUUGAUGUAGUUAUUUCUGCAGUUCUGCUUUUGGCUGUUUUUAUUUUUAUUUUUCCCCUUUAUUUUGGGUGGGGGGGGGGGGGUGGCUGGGUUUUGGGCUGUUAGCGGGGGGGGGGGGUUUGUUCCUUGAUUAUUGAUUCGCCUUUUAAAAUGUCAAAGUUGAGCAGAUGAAUCUCUCGCCAGCUGUGCUCUAUAUCUCCAAAGGACACACCUUCAUGUACCACCGAGACGAUUAAUAAAACAUCAGUACAUAUCC